AUCAUGGAGUCAUCUUGUCAGUAGUUGUGGAUUUUUAGUUUUUAUUUCUCGAAACACUGACCAAUGUGAUGAUUAUGACGGUUUAAUUCUGUUGUAUCAAAGAGAUACUAAUUAGUAUUUUAAGAGUUGGCAGUGAUCUAGACUUCUGUAUGUAUGUCAAUGGAAAAUUAUCAGACCAUUCACCGCCUGGGAAGUGGAUCGUGUGGAUCAGUGUAUCUGGUUCGACAUGUACAUUCAAGGAAAUUGUUUGCUAUGAAGAAGAUAGAUUUGGAUGAAACAAAGAAAACAAGGACCAAGGAAGCUGUUCUGAAAGAAGCAAGUAUUCUGUCCAAGCUGAAGCACCCACACAUUGUUGCAUAUCACGAGUCAUUCUUUGAGGAAACAGAUGGAACUCUGGUUAUCAUUCAGGACUAUUGUGAUGGUGGCACUUUGGCUGACAAAAUAAUUGAAGCAAGAAAUAAACAAAGUCACUUUGAAGAAAAGCAGAUAAUGCAGUGGUUCAUUCAGAUCGUGAUGGCUGUGCAGUUCAUACAUUCCAACAAAGUCUUACACAGAGACCUCAAAACGGAGAAUGUUUUUCUGACAAAGAAAAAUGUUGUAAAGAUAGGUGAUUUUGGAAUUGCGAAGACUUUAGAUAGCACUAUUGAUGUGGCAAAGACCGUUGUGGGGACACCAACCUAUCUCAGCCCAGAACUGUGUCAGGACAUUCCCUACAACUCAAAGUCAGAUAUAUGGGCUGUUGGAUGCGUGUUGUAUGAACUGUGUGCGCUGUCACCACCAUUCGAUGCCCAAAAUAUCAUCAGCUUAUUCUACAAAAUUAUCAAGGCUGAAUUCGAGCCAAUUCCCUCUCAGUAUUCUGUCGCUCUUCAAGAACUCACAAAGAUGAUCUUGGUGAAAACCCCCGAAGACAGACCAAGUGCCAGUGCUAUUUUAAAUUUGCCGUUGAUCAAAGACCAUCUGACAGCCUUCAUUGAGGAAAAGAAGGAAGAUCUUCAGCAUCAGAAAGUUCAACGAGAUACGUCCAAAUUGUCUCUGAUGAAAAGUCCUUGCAGGAACAUCUCACCAAACAGCAUUAACCUAUCACCUAGUCCACGAGCAAAGAGAAAGCACGCAGCAUCGCUGUCUCCAAUAGUUGCCAAAAACCAGGCACUGGAGAGUCCGACACAGCCAAAGUUAUCUCCCAUUGUUUCGCCACACCAAGCAGAACUCCCCCCACUAACUACAGAUCUGGUAGAAAAUGGUAAUGGUGAUGAAAGUGUGGAGCAAAUAGAUUACUCUGAUGAUUUCGAUGAGUCAUCAGGCUCUGAAAUUGAAGAAGACAUAGAAGAACCGAGUAAAGAUCUCAGUGAAGGGGAGGUGGAAUAUGACGAUGACUUUGAAGAUUCUGAUUCAGAUGAGACCCUGGAGGAGAUCGUCCACCAGGCAAAAGAAGCGGCAGAGUUGGAGCCUGUUGAUGAUUUCUUCGCAGACAGUCAAAACUCGGCCACCCUCACUUGUGCCACCAUUCUCAAAAAGCAAUGUCUUGAAGCUCUGGAAAGCAAGAAAUAUGAAGAUGUACAGAAAAUGGUGAUUGCUGAUACACUGAAAAAUCUUGUAUAGAAAGAAAUUACAUUGAUCUCAAAGAUGCAGAAAGUAAAAUUUUAAAUUGAACCACGAAGAAAUGGACAGCCUUGCCAUUGAAGAACACUGUUCAGAUUUGUCAGCACUUGGUUAUCAUUUGAUUACAUAUCAGUGGUAUUCUUGCCAGAAUGACACCCAAUAGCUGAUAUAUUUUUCUUGAUGGAGUGUUGUUAAACAUGUAUUCAUUUGAAAUUUCUUGCCAAAAUUAAUGAGGACAGACACUUUUAGCCAUAGAAGCUUUCUUGUUGUAGAAGUGCUAACAAAUACUUAACAAUAAUACAAUGUCGCUGUGUAUAUUUUAAACCUUUGUUGUAAUUUUUACUGAAAAACCCAUAAUAAUGUUGUUAUUUUCUUGUGUUUUGUUUUCUUCUUGCCUGACAUGGCCAAGCUAAUGUCGCACAGUUGGGGUUGUGCCUAAGCCAUAUUUAGUGCCUAGCAAAACCAGUGUUGAAGGCACUGGAUUUAAGUGAUCUUUGGUUAAGUUUUUAGUUUAUCUUUCAUAGUGUGGGAAAUAUUAUUUAGCCAUUAAUAGUGCUAGGCAAAAUGCAAAAAUAUAUUAAUGUGCAAGAUGGUUAAUUUAUGAAUGGUGGGUGGCAAAGGUACAUCCCUGGAGAAAAAAUUUGCAGUUAUUACACAAGUGUUCAAGUUUAAUAUUCACACUAUCAUAUUUAUACAUGGCUGCAAAGAAAGAACCUAUAAAAUUCAUUAAUCAAAUCAUUACUUGAGAUCUCAUGACAUUUAUUACAAAAGCAAUAUAAUAAGAAAUUAUUAUUAUUUACAUAUCUCUUAUAUUUUUUCCGAAUAUCAUUCGUGUCCAUUUGAACUUGCUUGACUGUGAUAUAUUUCUUAUAAAAAAAUUGUUUCAUUUUAUUACUAUUUCUUGACAAAAUGGGAGUAUUUUCAAUCUUUAAUUCUAAACUUCUUCUUGUUUUCUGCCUUUCUUGGUUAUUAUUUUCAUCAGCAAAAUAAGCUUUGAAUCUAUUGAAUGUGUAUAAUAUCUUGUUGAUUAAUGAGAUGUUCCUUAUGAGUUUUUUCAUUGGUCAUAGUCUUUGCCAUUGAUUUAGUGCAAUGCGUUGCCAUUGGUUAAGCUCAGUGUUAUUGUUUGUGAUUGGUUGGGCUCUUAAUUUGGUUCAGCCAAUGCUUGUGCUUCAUUCAUUUUGAAUGUGUUAUGGUUUAUUAAGACAAAUGCAAUCUUCAUUUUCCAUGAUGACAGGAAUUACCAUGUUAUGUUUAAACUGAGAAAACAAAUAUGUUGAAGCAAUAAAAAUGUUCAACUUUCAUUUAAUGUGCAUUUCAAUAUAAAUAACAUCAUGUGUAUGACUGAUUUUGUCCACAUAUCUUAUGUUUUAAAACUGCUGAUUAUUAAAAAUGUAAAUGUAUUUUGUAGUAUCCAGGGAAUAUUUUGUUUUCAAAAUUUUGAUUGGCCACAUUUCUAGUCAAUUGAAAAUUGAUUAGUGACUACUGUUUUAUGUUUUAAAACUGUGUAUCAAUCUCAAAUUUUUGCGUAGCAAAUCGCAAGGCGGUACUGAACAAAAUGUUCCCUGGUAUCUUAACAAUAUUUUAUUUGUGUUUGUGACGUUAUUACUCUGUGUAUUUUCUCAAUGUUAGUGCCCAUGAAAUUCCGUAAGGAUUAACCAUUAUCUACAUAAUAACCAAGCUGGAAGGGAAUCGCUGCAUAUUCAAUCCACAGGUUGGACUAAUGUAUAAUUGUUUGUUUGGGUUAUUAUUAUUUUCUUCUUUUUUUUUUUUUUUUUUUUUUUAAACUUGAAAAUAAGUUUUAGACUCAGGUUGGUAUAGCCUUAUUGUUUAUCUGACUUGGAUCACAAAUGUUCUAUACCAAACUGGCUCAUUAUGAUUCAUAAAACUUCUUGAAAAGUUACAAAAUGGACAAAACUGUUUGUUUCUAAAUGUUAUAUUUUGUGUAUCAUAUGUGUUAUUAUUAUUAUUAAUAAUUAUUAUUAUUAUUAUUAUUAUUACUAUUUGUUUUAUUUAUCCGCUGCUUUCCUUUCACUUGAAUUCCAUCUUAUUUCCUCCUAACAUAGCAGCUCCUCGUAUAUUUCCAGGGAACAUUUUGUUUUCAAAAUCUUGAUUAGCAAUAUUUCUAAUCAAUUUAAAAUUGAUUAUCAACUAUUGCUAAUGUAUUAAAAUUGUGUAGCAAUCUCUGAAACUUGUGUAGCAAAUUGCGAUGCGAUACUGAGCUAAAUGUUCCCGGCUUUCCAGGGCUCACCCUGCACAUUGCCAAGUUAGCCAAUUGAUAAUUUUUAUACAAAGUUACCACAUUUUGUAUUUGGCUAAUAAAAAGUUGUUUAAAUAAGCCACUUUUGAAUAAUUUUUAAAACAUUGACUAACAAAUUUCUUUUCAGAAUGACCCCUGCUUUCACCUUCUUUUGAUGUCCACCUCCACGUCCCUGUCCUUACGUUUGUCUCCAACUGUGACAGGUGUUUGUUUCUUGUGUCCAUUCCUGCCACAUACCUCGUGACCUGCCAUAUCUCACCAAAUUUAGCCAUGGGCUUAGUCUGACCACUUCAGAAAGUGUUCAGUGGAUGCUUCUGGUAUUGUUCAGAGGCACCUGUAACCAUACCCAUAUUACAUACCCAUUUAAUCUUACUAUAGUAAUAAAGACAAGUCUUACUGUGCAAUAAAACCAAUAUUUUAUUGAAUAUAUGUGUGAUACAAAAUCUCACAUGCGUAGUAUGUGUUCACCCGAAUGAUGUCAUAUCCCUACCCAGGAAUGAUGUCAAGUCCCUACCCAGGAAUGGCAUCAUGUUCAUAGCUCAAAAUAAACGUCAAACGACUUUCCAGAUGAAGUAAGUUGUGUUAUUUUAACUUAUUUAAUUAAACUUUGGUUAAUCAUUAUAUAGAAAGGUGGUAUGUAAUAAAUACAGAACCACAUACCAGUUGCGCCGCAUUUGUCUUGUGGUAUAAUAUUCUUGUGCACUAUGAUUUUGUGCAAUAAAUAGCAUGGCAAAACAACUGGUCUAUGGUUCUGUCUAUAUAUUCCACUACUACUGGCAAUAAUGCCAUUAGGCUAGGUUGUAGACGACCUUGUUUUGUAAGAGUGCCAGCCUGACAUAUUAUGGGUUACAAGAUUGAACGUCCUCAUACGAUCUGAGUUUUUCCUUAUCUGGACAAUGCUGUAUGACUGGUACAUCAAAGACUGUGGUAUGUACUGCCUUGUUUAUGAAAUAAUGCAUAUAAAAUAUUUCUUGCUGCUGUUCACCAUGGGUACCCUAUGUGGCAAUAACGGGCCGCUAUUAUUUUAGACUCCAGUGAAUACUGGUGUCAAAAUAACUAUGUUAGAUGCCAAAUUGCAGAAGCAAACGAAUGCUGACUUUGAAUAACAGUUCUAUUAAUAUCAGUAUUAAUAUCAGUGAACAAGCCAAAAAUAGGUAUGCUGGAUCAGCCCUCUCAAACUACCUUUGGACAGAUCAUUUGUCGUGGUUAGAAAAAAAAUGGGAUAUUGUUUGACAUUUGUUUUGUUGACAUAAAAUGUACAAUGUGACACAUACAUGUGACUUUAUUCUCUUUAACCAGUUCAACUAGAAAAACAUUCUUAUGAUCAUUAUUCAUUUGGGAUGUAUAUUGAUUGAUUUUAGACAGUUAACUGUAUUUUUAAUUUAAAAAAUUUGAGAAUUAUUUAUAAAUUCACGUGAUUAUUUUAUUGCUCAUAUUUGUUACAUAUGCUAUGUACCACAGAACUGCACAAUCUAAUUAAAAUUAGCUCCACUAUUACAUGUGGAUCUAACACCAGCCAGUUGGAGCUCAUGU